AUGCUCGCCACCCGUCCCCUCGAAGUAGCCGUCUUCUCCUCCGCCGAUGCCAUCCGUGCCCUCAGCCAAGGCUGCCAGCGCAUCGAGCUCAAUGCCACAGGAUCGUACCCGUACGGUGGUCUGACGCCCCCCGUAGCAGAGGUCGCGGCCGCAUCUGCUUCCGUCGCCGAUGACGGCGCCGCACUGCGCGUCAUGAUCCGACCAGCCGUCACAUCGCCCCAGGACUUCAUCUACACCCCCCAGCAGUUCAACACCAUGAAGGAAGACGUACUGGCGUUCAAGGAGUCAGGGUGCAUGAACGCCUCGCGGGGCGACGGCUUUGUCUUCGGGAUCCUGCAGGUUCUCCCUCUCGACGGGGAGGUUGCCGUCGACGUAGCGCGCUGCUCUGAGCUGGUGCGGCUAGCUGCGCCCUUUGUCUGCGUCUUUCAUCGGGCCUUUGAUGCCGUCUUGGCCACUGCCACUGCCACCGCCACUGCCACCGCCACUGACGCUGCGUCUUCCUCCCCUCUGUCUUCCUCAUCUUUGGAGGGCGAUGCACUGCCUGCCUUGCGUGACCUCUCAUCGUGCGGCUUCAGAGGACUGCUCACGUCGGGAGGACCGGGGUGUCAUGCCGACCAUCUCGAUGCACUGCAUCUGCUGGCUCGUCAGAUGAGACACUCGGAUAUCGAGCUCAUUGUCGGUGGUGGUGUGCGUCCUGGCAAUGCUACCCGGGUAGCUGACAAGAUGGCCGACUUUGACGGUACAUGGCUGCAUUCGGCAUGUCUCUCUCCCGCGGGUGCACCAUCCACAUCCCAAGGUUCGGGUACAGACGGUAUCCUCGAUUGCUCCGUGUUGCACGACUUGCUCUCUCGUCUGAGGCCUGGAUGUGGAUAG